UGGAAUCAUCCCAGACUUUAGGAGGUCGAGCGGUCAGACGGGUGAUACGAUAAAGCGUAUAAAAUGUCCAGGUUUAAGUGGCUCACUGAGCACGGCGGCGUGUUAGAUCAUCUUCCGCGUCCCCUGCUCGUCGUUGGCUCACGCUAGCCUGUAUUUAUAGACCUUGGCGAAAGGGGUGAGUUGCCUGGCACGGUGCCCGCGCUUCGAUUGAAUCACCAGACCGGAGUGAAAUGGGCUAGAAGAUCCUGAUUUAUUAGCUCCCCGGCGGAGACCUUCCCACCCGACGCUGCAGUCGGACCGAGCAGACGGGUUCAGACACAUGGACUUGUUCCUCUCCGGAUCCUCCGGGAUUGUGAAAGAAGGAACGGCAGGACGAGACAAAAAGAGAAGAAGGAGGAAAAGGAAAUAAGGGAAGGUCAGAAGAAGGAAGCGUCUGAAAAAAGAGGACGAGGACAGAGGAACGCAGGGGAAAACGGGACAAAAAGAGACAGUAAAGGACAGUAGAAAAGAACCCUAGAACAACAUAAGAACAGAAGAAGACGGAGGCAUCGAAGAAAAGUACAUGAGAGGAAGGACUAGGAAACGAGGAGGGACAGAACCAGAAAGAGCAAGACAGCCCAGAAAAGAAGAAAUAAAAGAACAAAGAGCCAUAAGAAGAAGAAACUGGUCCAAAAGACACGGCUAGCAGAACACCGGAAAGAGCGAGACAAGUCAGGACGAGGCGAGACAGCCCAGAAAGAAGAAUCACACGCACCAUCAGAAGAAGAAAAAAUAAAGUCAAAAAGAAGAAAAGAAGCUGCAAGAUGGGACCUAAUUGGUAGCAGAACAUGCAAGGACAGACGUAAGAAGACAAAAAAAGGUGAUACGAGAGGUUUACAGGACUAAACCGGAACAGAAGAACAACGGGAGAAAAGAACAAAAUAAGAACAAAAGACUGGAAGAAAAAAGACAUAGAGAGGAGACUCUGAGCUCUGUACCGGCAUGAAUCUAAACCGUUACUCAGGGGGCGACAGGGAGCGGAUGACGACCAAUCAUGAGACGUACCUGCUCAUGGCCAGCACACAGAAUGACAUGGAGGACUGGGUCCGGACCAUCCGCAGGGUCAUAUGGGCUCCGUUCGGAGGAGGUAUUUUUGGUCAGAAGCUGGAGGAAACAGUGCGGUACGAGCGGCGGUACGGGAACAAGCUGGCACCCAUGCUGGUGGAGCAGUGUGUGGACUUCAUCCGGGAGUGGGGGCUCCAGGAGGAAGGGCUGUUCCGUCUGCCCGGUCAGGCCAACCUGGUGAAGGAGCUGCAGGACGCCUUCGACUGCGGGGAGAAGCCCUCCUUCGACAGUAACACGGACGUCCACACGGUGGCGUCGCUGCUGAAGCUCUAUCUGAGGGAGCUUCCUGAGCCGGUGAUCCCCUUCAGCAAGUACGACGAGAUCCUGUCCUGCACCAAACUCCUCAGCAAGGACCAGGAGUCGGGAAUGACGGAGUUAAGAAGACAGGUGGAGAGUUUACCUCAGGCCAACUACAAUCUCCUGAAGUACAUCUGCAGGUUCCUGGAUGAGGUUCAGUCCCAUUCGGGCGUGAAUAAGAUGAGCGUUCAGAACCUGGCCACCGUCUUCGGCCCAAACAUCCUGAGACCGAAGCUGGAGGAUCCGGUCGCCAUAAUGGAAGGUGCGGUUCUGGUGCAGCAGCUGAUGGCGUAUCUUAUCGGUCAGCACGCCGCACUCUUCCCCCAGGACGAGGACAGUCUGGGCGCUCCGGAACCCUCCAACAACAACAACGACGUCCUCAAACUGCCCAAUGCGGGGCAAAUGCAAAACAAAGAAAACAACAACACUAUGAGCGUCCGUCAGUGCACCUGGGAGACGCCGGACUCGCCCGGCCGCGGCGCCCUUGAUAACGCCUCGACACGGUCCGGCAGCCCACGGAACGGCUCCACCGCUGCACACUUCGAUGUGACCCGGAGCCCGCCCAUGACCGUCAAGAAGAACCCGGCGUUCAUUAAAGGAAGCGGCAUCGUCACGAACGGCUCCUUCAGCUCCUCCUCGUCGUCCUCCGAAGAGAAGAGCCCGACCCUGGUGGGCGCAGGGAGCACGUCGAUGCGCCGCGCAGGCGCACUAAAAGCAUCGGGUACGAAGAUGGGCGUGCAGAACGGCGGCGUCCGGAUGGGCGUGUGCAGCACCGAUAUCGUUAACGGGAGCCUGAACGGGCGUAACGGGUUGUGGUCUCCUCCCGGCGGGGUGACUCUGCGGGAGGUCAAGGGACGCGACGGCGAUCAGCAAAACCGCCUCUCGACGUACGACAACGUGCACGUGCAGCAGACGCCGUGCCAGCCGUGCCCGAACAGCAACUGCGAGGACAAGCAGAGCGUGGACAGCGCCACCUGGUCCACGUCGUCCUGCGAGAUCUCGCUGCCGGAUGUGUCGGCGUCGUGCCGCUCGUCCACCACCACCUGCCCCGAGCCGGACUUUUCGUUCGAGGACCCGCUGUUGGAGAAAUGCGAGCGGAGGAGCGCCAACGGCAGUGCCAGCGGAGAAGGGAGAGGCAGCAGGGGGACGAGCAGCAGCGAGAACAGCGAGGUGUCGUUUCCUGUGAGCGGACACAGUGCCCUCCACAGUCUGGUGGCCAGUUUGAAGCAGGAGAUGUUCAAGCAGAGGAACGAUUAUGAGGCCAGAGUCAAGAGUUUGGAGCUGCGUAACGCCGAGCUGGAGGCCGAGCUGGUGAACCUGCACGACGAGCUGGAGCAGGAGCGCAAAAAGUACACCAUGGUGGACAUCAAGCUGCGCAACGCCGAGCGGGCCAAAGACGACGCCGAGAAGCGCAACGGGAUGCUGCAGAAGGAGAUGGAGCAGUUCUUCUCCACGUUUGGUGACCUCACGGCCGAGCCGCGCCCACCGGACAGGGCCAACACCGUCUGGAUUCAGUGACGUUUUCUGCCAAGUGUGGGAUGAAUGAACUAUAAUGACGCCCAGUGAGCCAAAUCUAAAGACUGGACCGGGUCAUACUGGCAUGAUCCAGCCACACCAGUGGGAUCCGGUACAGGAAUCAUUCAGAUCCAGUAAGAGAAGCUGUAAGGGAUCAGGGACACAUCACAGCCCUGUAAACCAAGGACACUCCUUCCAAAAAAAACUCGGAACGUCUUGGAGAUGCAACCAAAUUUGCUCCGUCAUCGUAGGUCACGUGUCCUUGUGAAUUUUCUGUAUAUAGAGUUACUCAAAGUGCGUCAGAGCGACGGAUAUAAUGUAUAGAAAUGAUAUUUUAUUGUAUUUAAACUGAACUAUCGACACGUCAUGUUGUGUUUUUAUAUCCAGGCUAUAUCGAGCUAGCUGCACUUUGCUUUUUAUUCAAUAUGGUACUAAAACAUCAUUUAAAGCUGUGCUGACAGCCAGCCGGGCGCCUACACGGAUUAGCAUAACUGCUGCAGUUAUGCCCUCUACUGGCUGAUCGAUGGUGCUACACAAAGACGGGGGAUAAUGGGGAUUAAUAUGUGACUCUCCGUGCACGAUACAGAUCUCCGUAUGAACCCGUCUGGUGCAGGUGAAAAGAAGUGGUGUGUGAGGGGACGUGUGUUAGUCCUCGGUCAGUAAAGUUGAAAUAUGGUUGGGGAAUUGGAUAUGACUAGAUUGGGAUUGCAUUUUAAAACUUUUUGGGUGCUUACAACGACAGUAAAAAAAAGUUGUGAAAUUUCAGAAAUUUGGACAUGUCCGAUUCCCUAGUAUAUUAAAAUUACUGACCCCCCUCCAGGACAUGUGAGCCAAUCAGGCACUUCUUCUCACCAGGCAGCGGUGGACUCCUACCUAGAGCUGCAACACACUGCUCCCAGUGCUCCUCUUCGUUUCACAUUGGCAUCUGGACUAGUCGCUGUUGCAUCCUCUCUCUGUUCCUCAGACAGGCCCAUCUGUGCCUACGGAGCGCCGACGGCCCUGUACAACGGCAUGGAGAGCUAGAAAUUCAGAAGAGCUCCAUCCAUGUACUCAGAAUCCAUGUGAAUAUAUUUAAACCUUGGUGUUCGUCACACUCGUCUGGCUGAACUUCGCACACGUGAAAGAAACGGUACACCGGAUUCCAUGUAUAACAAUCCCGUAUACAAUAAACAUGGUGACGUUAAAGUUUAAAA